UUGUCACCGUUGCGUCCUAGCGGUGCUCCAAUUUGGAUCGGACAUUAAACCAAGACCCUAUCUUUUGGUAGGAAAGUUAUCACAGCUGCCCUGGCCAGUAUCCUUUAACGUCACAAGAAUAGACCCUUUGUCACUCCUUUUUGUGCGGCCUUGCUGUGCACAACUUGCAUAUCUCCUUACAUUACAAUAGGACUUAAUUAGCUGCAAAGUGCUUUAGAAGGCGCUGAAUAAAACGCAAGCCUUUUUCUCUCUUAAAACCCCCUACUCUCCCCAAACUGAUUUAGUUUACGCUUUACUCACUGCCUGAGACAGAAUGAAGAGACGGGCUGUCGGAAUUGGAGGAAGGGGGCAAGAGUUCUCCGGGUUGCCUGUCCAUCACGCACCAUUCCCUGGCCAAGAAGAGAGGCAGGUGAUCUGCUACCAGGCCUCUGCCAAUGUAGCUCUUGAGCUGUCCACUAGGAGCCCAAGUGGAAAGAAGUUCAGAAGCAAGCCACAGCUUGCACGUUACCUGGGAAAUUCAAUGGAUCUGAGCAGUUUCGAUUUCCGAACAGGAAAAAUGUUGAUCAGCAAACUGAACAAGAACAGACAGAGACUGCGCUUCGACUCUGCCAACCAGGUCAAGGGCAAACCAGAUCUGAACACUUCACUACCUGUUAGACAGACAGCUUCAAUCUUCAAACAACCAGUUACCAAAGUGACCAACCACCCCAACAAUAAAGUAAAAAUGGAUCCACAGAAAGCUGUAGAACAGCCACGGCAGUUAUUCUGGGAGAAGAAGCUGACUGGAUUGAAUGCAUUUGACAUUGCUGAAGAAAUCAUAAAGACUAUGGAUCUACCGAAAGGUCUACAAGGUGUGGGGCCAGGAUGCACAGAUGAAACUUUGUUGUCUGCUAUAGCAAGUGCUCUACAUACUAGUUCCAAUCCUAUUACUGGACAGGUCUCUGCAGCAGUAGAAAAAAAUCCCGGUGUGUGGCUGAAUACUUCGCAACCUCUCUGCAAAGCUUUCAUGGUCACUGAUGAGGACAUUAGGAAGCAAGAAGAACUUGUACAACAAGUGCGGAAGAGGUUGGAGGAGGCACUGAUGGCUGAUAUGCUAGCACAUGCUGAAGAAUCUGGAAAGGAGUCAGAUAUAGCACAAGACAAGGAAGAGGAUGUAUAGCCAAGGAGAUUCUUAGAAUCCAAUAUUUUUCAGGGAAGUAUGGACAUAAAGAUGAGUGAAAAUAUUCGUAAGGAUGAGAAUCACUGAAUAACUGUAUCAUUUGGAAUUUCUGCAUCCAAACUGGUUUAUAAUAUGUUUGAAGAACUACUUUUCCAGUUUAAAAAUAAAAGUGCUUUUUGUCAGAUGGAAACAGUCAUUGUGAUGGGCAUGUAGACCAUUGCCAGUAAUCAUUUUUAAACUUGAAGUUUGUUUUUAUAUGCUCACAUUUUUUAAAGCUAUGUAAAAUACUGUAAAAUUUGAUAUGUGCAGGUUGUCUGUUGGUAGGUAUAUUCAUUGUUUGUGGUUUAAUCGUGAAAUAAGCAUACAUCUCUGGUGACGAGCACCAGAGAAUGAAUCCAAUAUUUCUAGUUUUGUAUGUUGUGUUUCUAGACCAUUGCAUUCUUAAUCCUGUAAUGAGGCAAACUGCAUUCAUGCAUGUUUUGUGGAAAAUUGUUUUGCAAGUGUUUUAUAAUGCAUGUUUCCAAUUCUUCCCCACCUUCAGUACAUGUACAUUGUGUAGUUGAAGCAAACUGUAAAAGCUGGAAUAGCUUGUUAAUAAAAUCUAUUUACUAAAUA